GAGCAACAACAACUACUGAUAACUAUGUUCUUCUGAAAAAACUCACCUGCACCUCAGGCUUCAGAAGAAAAAGCCAGUAGAGGGCGGAGUCAGGCCGCGGCGUCAGUCAGAGGAACAGAGAAAUACGCCAGUCACAAUUUGUCCUACUGUUCUUCAUAUUGAUGAUUAAAAUGAUUAUUUACUGUAGUUGUUUGUAAGAAAACGUUCUAUUUGUUAAAAAAAGCUUGGUCCUGAAAACAGGCUUUGUUCUUUGGUUUCAAUGUAGAGUAUUUAAUUAUGCUUUAUCAUAAAUGUAAAAAAUAAAAGGUAACUACUUCACGGAUUUCACCGAUCACUGGUUCUUUUCGGAACGCGAACCCCGCGAAAAACGAGGGUUCACUGUAUAAUUAAAAACAAUUAUUUAUGAAAACUUUGACCAAAGUGGAGCUUCUUUUAGUGUCAGGACUAUUUGUGAAUAUGAGCUUUGAUGUUUAGAUCUGAUCAACAGUCCAACAAAGUUGGAGGAGGCCAAAGGUCAAACUUCAGGUGUUUAUGGGAACUACAAAACCAUUCUUAUGAUAUAAAUGCGAAAUAAACCACAUUUUAAUUUUAUUUUUUCUCUAGAUGUCAUGGUGGUGUGUUUCUAUAUGUUUUUGGCCCCAGUUUGGCUCCACCUCCGUGCUCAACCUGCUGCGUCACUCCAGCGUCUUUAUCCCGUCCAAUCGGCUUGAGCAGCUCCUCUGAUCCUCUUGCUCACCAGCUGUCGCCUCUUGGAGGGAAGCUGCAGGAUCUGGAUCAGUUCAGAUACAGACAUGGCGGCGAUUCCCAGCAGGAACAGCCAGCAGCUCCCAGCUGCCUCUGACCUCUGACCUCUGCUCCGGGAAGUGGGUCGGGACCAGCAGGAUGUCGGUGAGGACGCUGCCCCUGGUCUUCAUUAACCUGGGAGGAGAAAUGCUCUACAUCCUGGACCAGCGCCUACGAGCGCUCAACACAUCUGAGGACCAAUCAGAGACAGGAGUUUGGUCAGAACGAGACAGGAAACGAGUUCUGAACGACGUGGUCGGCACCAUGUUCAGUAAAUCCUUCAUGGAUGAACUCCUGAAGCCUCAGCAGCUGUAUUCCCACCGGACCAUGAAGACGGUUCUGACCCGGUUGGCCCAUUCCUCCAUCAUGAGGCUGAACCCGGCCAGCAUGGACAGGCUGUAUGAGCUGAUGAUCAUGGCCUUCAAGUACCAGGUUCUGCUCAGCCCGCGGCCCAGAGACCUGCUGCUCGUCUCCUACAACCACCUGGACGCCGCCAGGGCCUUCGUCAGAGACACGCCGGCCGUCCUCAACCAGGUGGAUGAGAUGCACAGGAAGAUCAUCGAGGUUUACUCCAGAUUAUCAGACGGAGAAUUCCAGCUGCUCAGACAGACGCUGCUCACCUUCCUGCAGGACGUGCACACCCGGGUUUCUGUUUUCCUGAAGAACCAGAUCCAGAACCCCAGCGGCCGGUUUGUCCUGAUGACGUCCGGUCCGGUUCCGACCAGAGUAGAGGUACCGGGACUGAUCAGGACCUUUGACCCCAGAGGGAGGGAAGUGGGUCGGAGCGAGUUCCUGCCUGGAGGAACCUACAGCGGUUCUGUUGGUGAAGGAUCGUUUGAGCUGAGCGGAGACAGAGUCCUCAAGCUGGGCCAGAAUCUGUACCAGGCCGAGCGUCCGGAGGAGACCCAGACAUCCAGAACACCUGGAGCCCAGCCGGACAGAACCAACCCGCUGGCCAAGGAGGAGCUGAACCUGCUGGCCCGGCUCAUGGGCUGCAUGAAGGCCGGGUCCGUUCCCGCCGCGGCGCCGCGGUUCCAGAUCAGCCUGUUCCCCUUGGACCCGGAGGAGGAUGAGGAGGGCGGCACUCCAGCAGGGCAGGCGGCCAUCUUCCAGGUGAUCAACAUCCAGGCUGUGCAGGAUGAAGAGGCGGCGUUGGCGCUGGCCCGGAUCGCCGGACAGUUUACUGAUGAAGAGGCGGAGCUGGAGAAUCCCAGAGGCAGUAAAGGAGAUGACCUGCUGGCCAUGAUGGAUGACCUCUGACCUCUGAACAUAUUAUCUCCUUUAAAACCGUCUCAACCCGUACAUCUCUGUUAAUUCCAAUCAUCCAAAUUAGCGUGGUUGUUUCCACCGGGCCAAAACUAGCAAC